UCGUCUGCUCUUCACUUUGUUCGUGUUUUCGCGAUUUUCGUAUACAAAUAAUAGUUUUCAUACAUUCAAAAUCAAUUUAAAACUGUUUUCCAAUUAAAAUGAAAAUGGAAGAAGAUGCUACAGUAAUGAGUAAAUUAGAAUGCUUGAAAGAAAUAAGAACCCGCACUAUCCAUUUGGAGAAACUGAAGUCCCGUUUGAGACACGAGGUGGAUGCCACUGAAAGUGAAGAAAAAUGCUUAAUGGAGUACAGACAUGAAAUGGAAAUGUUGCUUCAAGAAAAAAUGGCUCAUGUUGAAGAACUGAGACAGAUUCAUGCUGAUAUCAAUGUUAUGGAGAAUGUCAUUAAACAGUCGGAAGAAGAUCGAAAUAAACAUUUAGAAAGUGCUAAACAGCUGCACCAUGAAUUUAAACCUCUGAAAGACCUUGUUGAUUCGUUAAGGCAUGAAAUUGGACUCUCUAAACUGCCUGAAUUACAUGAAGAAGAUGAAAACUUUAAGCCUGAGUUUUUUGAGAAACAAAAGACUGAAUGGCAAACUGAAAUUCCUGAGCAGUCUUUGCCCUCAUCUUUGUCUGCAAGCGCUUCAAAUCAGCAAUUGCAAGCGGGUCGUAGCAAACCACUACAGGAUCGCCCUCAACCUGCCGCCUUCAGGCAGCAACCUCCUCCGAUGAAAUCUUGUUUAUCCUGUCAUCAACAAAUUCACAGAAAUGCUCCUAUUUGCCCAUUGUGUAAAGCUAAAAGCAGAUCAAGAAAUCCUAAGAAGCCGAAAAGAAAGUUGGAUGAUUGAAGUUUCUCAUGGCUCUAUUCUUCAUCUGCUGCAUCUUGUUGUCAUUCGUCAUUGCUGCAUGUUUUAUCCCAUGUUCCAGUACUUUUACAAGUGCCAAACUAUAUUGAUGUUUUGUAUUUUCAAUUAAAUUAAUGUUGAAUCAGUCAUUUUGUAGCCUUGAAGUGUUUUUAAUAUUUAGUAUUAGGAGAAUUAAUAGUUGACUGACGACAUGUUUUUUAAAUUUCAAGAAUUUACUUCUGAAAGUAUAAUUUACUUAGGCUUGGCAUUUAUUAUAGUAUAAACCACAAAGAAGUUAAGUCCCUCAUGAAAUCAUGUUCAUUGAGUUAAAUAUUUUAAUCAGUACCUUGUUUCAUAAAAAGAGUAAGAAAAUGUUCGGAUGAGUUUAAUAUUUUUUGCUGUGUGUAAAACUUUUUUCUUUUUUUUUAAAUCAGAUACAUACUUUCAUGUGUUCUAAAUUUGUUCAUUGAGUGCAAAGAAAAAAAGUUAUGUACAUGCUUAUUAUUUAGUUCUUAUUAACUGCACAGUAUUGAUUUUGAUUCCAGUUGAUUUUUACACAUAGAAAAUGUGUAAAUGUAAUUUAAACUUAAAAUUUUUGUUACCGAAAUAAUUUUGCAAUAAUCAUUGUUACAAAUUUAAAUUCACCUUGUAUAUAUAUCGAAUCAAAGCCAUCUUUGUAUUGUACCAUCAAAAUACUGAUCUGUAAUUUGUAAGUUCUUUUAUCUCAUUUUAUAUCUUUUGUUAUUU